GAAAUGAAGAAAGCGAUGAAGUUUGUUGUUGACGCCUACGCCAGGUUGAAGAUGUCCGCUGGAGACAACAGCGGCAGGCCUCCUUGCCUCAGUUUCUCCGGCCCGGGUCCUUUGGGAAACAGCCAGCCCAGCAACAGCGUUUUCUCAAUGCCAGCAUUCAACGGAGGAGCAGGCGGUGCAGCUGGAGGUGCACAGGGAGCAGCGAGGCGGUCCAACCCGCAGCUGGGGCCUGCCGGGGGAGACAGCAGCGGCGUGUCGAGCGGAGCUCCGCCGACUGCGCAGAACCCUUUGCAGUCGCCCGCUGCGGCUGCGGCAGGUGCUGCGGCAGCCGGAGCAAUGGCCUCCCCGGCGUCCAACAUGAUGACCACCGCUGCGUCAAACGCCAACCCGGCGACAGCGCCCACCUCCACUCCGGCUGCUGCGUCUGUGCUGGUCUACCGAGAGCCGGUGUACAACUGGCAGGCAACAAAGAGCACCGUAAAGGAGAGGUUUGCGUUUCUCUUUAACAACGAGGUGCUCAGUGACGUUCAUUUCUUGGUUGGCAAAGGGAUGGGUGUUCAGAGAAUACCAGCUCACAGGUUUGUUCUGGCUGUGGGGAGCGCAGUGUUUGAUGCCAUGUUCAACGGAGGGAUGGCCACCACCUCCACGGAAAUUGAGCUUCCAGAUGUGGAGCCAGCUGCCUUUCUGGCCCUGCUGAAGUUCUUGUACUCUGAUGAAGUCCAGAUUGGGCCUGAGACUGUGAUGACCACCCUCUAUACAGCUAAGAAGUAUGCAGUUCCAGCCCUGGAGGCUCACUGUGUGGAUUUCCUUAAGAAGAACCUGAGAGCAGACAAUGCUUUCAUGCUGCUCACACAGGCGCGUUUGUUCGAUGAGCCUCAGCUAGCCAGCCUCUGUUUGGAAAACAUCGACAAGAACACCGGAGAUGCUCUCGCCGCCGAGGGAUUCACGGACAUCGAUUUAGAUACGCUGGUGGCGGUGCUGGAGAGGGACACUCUCGGAGUCAGAGAGGUGCGUUUGUUUGGAGCGGCUGUCCGUUGGGCUGAGGCUGAGGCCCGCAGGCAGCAGCUGCAGCCGACGCCCGAGAACAUGCGUAAAGCCCUGGGAAAAGCUCUCACUCUGAUCCGCUUCCCUCUCAUGACCAUUGAGGAGUUUGCUGCAGGUCCGGCCCAGUCCAGUAUUCUGACGGACAGAGAGGUGGUGAGCCUCUUCCUCCACUUCACAGUGAACCCAAAACCUCGUGUGGAUUUCAUCGACCGUCCUCGCUGCUGCCUCCGAGGGAAGGAGUGCAGCAUCACCCGAUUUGGGCAGGUGGAGAGUCGCUGGGGCUACAGCGGAACGAGUGACCGCAUACGGUUCUCUGUUAACAGACGGAUAUUUGUGGUUGGCUUUGGCCUCUACGGCUCCAUACACGGACCUACAGACUACCAAGUCAACAUACAGAUAAUUCACACAGACAGUAACACGGUGCUGGGGCAGAACGACACGGGCUUCAGCUGCGACGGUUCGGCAAACACCUUCAGGGUCAUGUUCAAGGAACCAGUGGAGAUUCUACCUAACGUCAACUACACCGCCUGUGCUACACUUAAGGGUCCAGAUUCUCAUUAUGGGACCAAAGGGAUGCGAAAGGUAACGCAUGAGUCAUCAUCCACUGGCACAAAGACCUGUUUCACAUUCUGCUACGCAGCAGGCAACAACAACGGCACUUCAGUAGAGGACGGACAGAUUCCCGAGGUCAUCUUCUACACAUAGUCACCUCAGAUACCACCACCAUCUUCCAUCAAAUGUGACGGCUUGACACCAGCGUGAGGCCACACCUCAGCAGCUGUACUGAGGACUAAUCUGUCAGACUUCAUACUGUUCCCCUCCACUUAGUGCACAACCGUUAGCUGCAUGGGAGGACUAAUAGAUUGGGGGGUGAUUUAGGUUGCUACACAGGACAAAGACUGUCAUCUUGCAUACCGUAUGUCCAUUUUUGUUCUAGUUGUAUCGGCUUCUGGCACAAACUUACCGCACCAGUUCCGCGAGGGAUUGAGAGGUGAAAGACGUCAUUCACUGGGUCUGUGUCGCUGCUUCAGAUUGGCGGUAUAAGGCUCGACACUGAAUUAAUCUACGUGAUUCUCAUCCCUGUACCUGGGAGCAUCGGUACAGAGAAGAAUCGCCCCCGUUUGAGUGUGCAGCUUAUCAGAUUUGCCAAGACAAACUCCUCGUAGCAUUUAGCAUAAACUAGACGUUCACUCGGCUCCACGUUAACUGUAACUUCCAUAAGCUGAUGGACCUCAAAGGCUUUAUGAAAUCUGGUCUGAAUUGAACCAAACUUCAUGGUAAUCUUAAGAUUAGGACUAAGAUGAGCAUUUUUCAGAUUUUUAUUCAAUCAGUACAAUCUGUGAUAUCUUGUCUUUGCUUCUUAGUUGCCUAAACCCAAUAUAUGUUGCACUUCUUGGCCUUGCCUAUGUUCAUUUGGGUGUUCUAUGGAUGCACACUAUUUCUUUUGAUGUUUUUUAAGCUUUAUUUCAAGUGUGGGUGGAGGACCUAUUCCUUGUGCAGAAGCUGAAGGGUUGUAUAUUGAAGUGGCAUUGAUUAACAUUAUAUAUGUAACUUGAAAUAAAUAUGAAAAAGUGGAAAAAAGAA